AUGUCCUACGUUGAUAUUGUGUGUCAGCAGCAAUACGCUAAAAAGAUGAGUCCAGAAGUUGGCCAGCAUCUGUUCGGGGAGAGCUUGGCAAGAUACAUUUCAAAACAAAGGGGAUGGCUUUGCAAUGAAUUCUCAAGGGAGCAAGACAAAUGGAGCAGUGUUGCAGAGAGUGUCCUCCAUUUAGCAAUUAUCCACCUUCAUACCCAGCUGGUGAAAAACCUCUUGGAAGUGAUGCCUGAUUUGAAUUAUAAUGACAUCAUUAACAUGAGAAACGACCUUUAUCAGACCCCCUUGCACCUGGCAGUAAUCACAAAGCAGGCAGAGGUGGUAGAAGACUUGCUGAAGGCUGGAGCAGAUGUCAGCCUUCUGGAUCGCCAUGGCAAUUCUGUCUUACAUUUAGCUGCUACUGAAGGAGACGACAAGAUUUUGAGUCUGCUCCUCAAGCAUAAGAAGAUAUCUUCGAUGGUCGACCUUUCCAAUGGUGAAGGUCUCAGUGCAAUUCACAUGGUGGUGAUGGCAAAUAGCAUGUCCUGCCUCAAACAGCUGAUUGCUGCUGGAGUUAACGUCAAUGCUCAGGAACAAAAAUCUGGACGAACUGCAUUGCAUUUAGCUGUUGAGCAAGAGAACAUCCCUCUGGCAGGCUGCCUUUUGCUUGAGGGCGAUGCAGAUGUGGACAGCACUACGUAUGAUGGGACAACUCCUCUUCACAUAGCAGCGGGAAGGGGCUCUACAAAAUUGGCAGCAGUUCUCAAAGCAGCAGGGGCAAAUCCUCACAUUGAGAACUUUGAGCCGUUGUUUGAUGUAGACGAUGUGAAAGAUGAAGAUGAUGAUGAAGGGAUAAUGCCCGGAACAACACCACUGGAUAUGGCUGCCAACUGUGAGGUGUAUGACAUAUUAAAUGGCAAACCCUACGAGUCAGCAGUGGUUUCGGAGGACUUACCAACACAAGGACGUUUGAGAGAGCUGAAUGAAAGUUCCAAGAUGCAGCUUUACAAACUAUUGGAAUUGCCCGAUCCAAGCAAAAACUGGUCCACUCUAGCACAAAAACUGGGUCUCGGCAUACUUUAUAAUGCCUUCAGGUUGAGCCCUUCGCCAUCAAAAACUCUGCUAGAUAACUAUGAGGUUUCUGGUGGUACAGUUCAAGAGUUGAUCGCUGCUUUGAGACAGAUGGAUCACACAGAAGCCAUUGAAGUCAUUCAGAAAGCACUAUCCAUCUCACAAAGCCCAUCUCACCUGAAGGACAAUACAGCAAAAGCUCUUCUGUCAUCAUCACCACCCACCUUUGCAAAUGGAGAGACAGGUGAGCUUUAUCAUAGCAAAUUUCAAGACAAUGACAGCACGUGUGACAGUGGCGUGGAGACCUCCUUCCGCAAACUGAGCUUUACUUACUCAGACUCUCUGAACAGCAAGUCAUCAGUAACACUUAGCAAAAUGACCCUGGGCUAUGGACAUGAAAGUUCAGUGCAAAGCAAUUACAUAGCCAACUAG